GACACUGGUAUUUUCUUUUUGUUUCCUGCCUUCAACGCCGUCCAGGACACGCGCACAAAAAAGAGAAGUGGUCCUUUUGGACGUUGCCGUGAUGGACUGACUGAGCGACGGGAGCAUUUUUUUUCCACCGCGACACUGGCGGUCCCCUUGGACGUCCUGAGCAGCAGGUGUACUGACGGAUAAACGAAGGACAAUCUCAGUGUUCAUGAAACUUUGCUACGAUUUACGCGCUGGGGUUGCCAUCCGCCAUGUUAAGCUAAAGCCCAGGUGCGCGGUGUUGACCAUGCUCAAGCGGCUGGACAAGAUCCGCUUCCGAGGCCCGAGGACGCGGGACGACUUCCCCGAGCUGGGCGACUCGCCGCCCGCCUCCGACAACGAAUGUAGCGACGACGUGCCGCCCAAGCGCGCCGCCAACGACGAGCCUCCGCGAGACCCCGCCGGUUCAGGGUCUCCCAUCAUGGCCGCGGCGAUGCAGGACUUUCAGAGGUCCGAGUCGGAACGGCUGAAUGAAGUCAAAGGACACUUGGAAAUUGCCUUACUGGAGAAACACUUUCUACAGGAAGAGCUGAGGAAGCUGCGCGAGGAGACCAAUGUGGACUCCCUUCGGCAGGAGCUGGAGAGGGAGCGCAGCAAGCGGCUGGACCUGGAGCAGAAGAUGGGCGACGUGCUCAAGUCCAGGCUAGAGGAUUCUCCGCCGCAACCUCCUAGAAAACAACAGUCGCCCUCUAAUAAUGGAACAGCGGACAAGCAGCAGCAGAAGGAGGUGUGGCGCUCGCGGCUGCAAAAGUGGUUGCACGAGCGCUUCGGCGUCUACGUGGAGGACUUCCGCUUCCAGCCCGAGGAGAGCGCGGUGGAGGCUGAGGAACCGCUAAGUGCUAAAAGGUUGACGGAAAACAUGCGGCGACUCAAGCGAGGAGCUCGGCCUGUCACCAACUUCUUGAGGAACCUCUCCGCCUUAUCCAGUUGGCACUCCGUCUACACCUCAGCUAUUGCCUUCAUUAUCUACAUGAAUGCUGCUUGGCAUGGCUGGGCCUUCCCCAUGUUCCUCUUCCUGGCCAUCUUGCGCCUGUCCUUAAAUUACCUCAUAGCAAGAGGUUGGAGGAUCCAGUGGAGCAUUGUGCCUGAGGUCUCUGAGCCCAUGGAGCCUCCAAAGGAAGACCUGACUGUGUCUGAGAAGUUUCAGCUUGUCCUUGACGUUGCCCAAAAAGCACAGAACCUUUUUGGUAAGAUGGCGGAUGUUUUAGAGAAGAUAAAAAACCUCUUCAUGUGGGUGCAACCGGAGAGCACCCGUAAACUGUACAUCUGCCUGUGGGUGGCUUUCAUCACCUCCUGCGUGCUGCCGUACAAGCUCAUGGGCUUCAUGAUCGGCCUGUACGCCGGCGUGAAAUUCUUCAUCAUCGACUUCCUGUUCAAGAGCUGCCCCAAGCUGCGCGACAAGUACGACACGCCGUACAUCGUGUGGAACAGUCUCCCCACCGACCCCCAGCUCAAGGAGAGGACCAACGCCACCGUGUCUCGCCGGCUUUCUGCCGUAGAGAAGGUGCAGCCUGUGGCUUCCCGAGGGAGCCUGGCCGCGGCGCCGUGCGGCGUAAACCGCGAGGACGAGGCCGGUCGCUCCCACAGCACCAAGAAGGGGGCCUUCCACGAGAUCUUCAACCUGCCGGAGUCAGAGCGCCCUCUGGCAGUGUGUGAGAACGGCUGGAGGUGUUGCCUGAUAAACCGUGACCGAAAAAUGCCCACUGACUACAUCAGGAACGGGAUGCUUUACGUCACCGAGAAUUAUUUGUGCUUUGAGAGCUCCAGUUCCAGGUCGGGCUCCUCCAAGAAGAAUAAAGUCAUCAAGCUGGUGGACAUUACUGACAUACAAAAGUACAAAGUGCUCUCUGUCCUACCGGGAAGUGGAAUGGGCAUCUCAAUAGCAACUCCUUCCACCCAGAAGCCGCUGGUGUUCGGCGCCAUGAUCCACAGAGACGAGGCCUUCGAGGCCAUCUUCACGCAGUACACCAAGGUGGUGACCACCAGCAAGCCGCAGGCAGCCGCCACCUCUGCCGAAAUUUAGACGCCCAUCCCUCGAAGCUGCAGGCGCCGUCCCACUUCUUCCUGGACAUGUUUUUUUUUUUUUUUUAAUGAACAGAAUACCGAGGAGGGGGGCUGGUCCUCCCUGGUCAACUAACUGCUUCACUCUGUUGUUCCUCUUGUGUGCGCGUUGCAUGUGUGACAAAAUAGUCUUUUUUUUUCUCCUUUUUUUAAAAUGUGCAUUUUUUUUUAAAUCCUCUUCCAGGGAUGUGAUUCCUCACUAUCAUAACUGGAGCUUUAAGAAAAUUGUCAACUGACCAUGUUUUAAGCGUCACAUAAAAAAGCCUUUUGUGUUAGUUUACAGUUGGUCGGUUGCUUUGCUUUGGUGUUUUGGCGUCAAUGUGAAAUACUGUCUUUUUUUUUUUUUUUUUCGGUCCAGAUAUGCCUUUUAAUUACCCGUUUGGACUGAUGACUGACUCAACUCAAGCGAGAACAAUUUGCAUUUCAGCACAACGUGGUACGAAAUAGGCUUCUAUUCCAUGACUGCUCUUCUCUCCCUGCACUUUAUUAUUAUGGUCAUUCAACUGGACCCUUUGCAGAAAUACGUUAAUUAAUAAUCACUUCCGGUCGGGUGAUUAAAAACAAACAAACAGUGCUUUUGUGUAUGAGUAAAGCUGGACUUAACUCCUUCGAGGUGUCGAAAGGUACUGCCAAACUCACGGUUAGUUUUUUUUGUUUUUUUUUUGGGAGGGGGGGUUAUUAGUCCCCUAGAGAUUCAGACAGAAUAAAGGCCAACGACAUUAAGGAUGCUAAGUCACAUCAAAGCACAUUGACAAAAUGUCAAGGUUGCACAAAUCAUUUUGAAAUUAAAAGUCGACCGGGUAUGACAUUAACCAUGCAUGCAAUCGACCGGCUUGUACAGUGACGUUUUAUUUUUUUUAUUGUUGUAUUUUUGUGUUCUUGGCACGAUGUGAUUGGAUGUCGUCUUAAAAGAUUUCUACCAGAAGCCUUUUUUGUUGUUUGUUUCAAACGAGAAGCACAGAAUGUAUCGUGUUUUUUUUUUUUUUCAGCCAAAUAUUUUAUCUGCCAUGUUCUGCCUAACUAAGCUCAUGUUUACACAAGCUUGUAAAUAAUUUUCAUUUUCUUCGCAGUUUGAAUUCCUUUUCCGUCUUGGGAGUUUUGACAACUGCUGUCGUUAAUUCACGUUGGGUCACGUGUUUUUAAUUUUAACCAAUAGGAAACUAGGGGGUAAUUACCACUCACGGAAGCUGUUGCUUCCCUCCCCCCCGUCGGAUUCGACAAACAUUUUACGUUGUCAUUUUAAUGUCCUUAGACUGAAAUUCUCACUGCAACAGUGUUUUUGGGGGGUUUAUUAAAACAAACAAACAAACAAACACACGGGCCUCAUAAUUGUCAAACCCACUUUAGACCGAAUCUUGCAUCGAAAUAAUCCCAAACAAUUUCUUGGGAAGCUGUCGCGCUUGGUUACAAACGGCCUCGUUGUGACUCAAACGGUAAAAUGAAUGUUGAGAAAUCUGAGUUCUGUUUUAUGCAACUAAAUUGUUACUGUAUGGUUCAGUCGGUGCACUUUAACCUCCGAAACGAUUUAAGAAUGAAUUACAAAAAAUAUUUAGUUUCCUGUGUGAUUAAAAUUUUUUGCAAUGUCAACUGAAUGAAUUAGCCAAGCCACAUGAUGAAGACAAUUAGCUAUCGGUGGAGUGAAGUUACAGGCAGACGUUAAUUUACAUUGCUGUCCCUUGUUUUUAGCUAGCAAUUGCGAUUUGUUAGCUACAAGUGCACAGUGAAGUCCAUUAAAACACUGGGUUUUGAAAGAAAUACGUUUAUUGUAUGGGAUAAUGUGAUGUACAUUUUGUAUGUAAACAGAUUUAAGAG